AUGGGAGGGGUCUGGAAGCGGCAGAGCUAGGCGGGGGUUUGGGGAGAGCAGUCUGGAACAUGCCCCGGCAGCUGUGCCCCUUGCUUGAAUGCACCCCAGGACCUAGCCCCACGCCAGGGCUACUGUGCCCGGCACCUGCCCAGCCAACUUCUGGGAAAGAGGGUGGACAUUGCAGCCAGAGCCUGACCCCAUCUGAGAGGUCCAGGGAAGGGCUCUGGCUCAGAGAAGUGGAGGGUCUCAAAGAUGGGGAAACCCUGAGGGCGAAGACGGGAUGGAGAGGCUCAGGGAGACUCUGGAGGCUGGAGAGGGAAGGGCAGCUCACCCGAGCUGGGGGUGAGAAUCUGCUUUAGGCCCUUGGCUCUCCCCACUUGAUUCCUCUUGGGUCUGAAGUCUGAGCUCACAGAAUUUCUGUGUGUGACCAGCCCCUCCCACCCUCUGGGGUGGGGAGAGAGAGGUCAAGCAAAAAGCUGGGGCUGCUGGAUCCAAGUAGGAGCAGCUCCCAAAUCAGAAACUGAGGCGUCUGCCCAGCCCUGGGUCUCCCGGCUGCACUUAUCCCUCUGAGAAGUGGGUUUCCGGAGUGUUUCAGAGUUGAAGGCAGUGAUUGACGCUGCGGUUAUAAUAUUUGCUCACCUGCAUGUCCAGAGAGACUCACACACUUGUGCACAAACACGUACACACAUGUGCAACACAAACACGUAUGUACUUACAAAGUGUACACCCCAGACAUGUACACACUGUGUAGACAUGCAUACAAUGCCGUGUGUGCACACAUGCAUGCCACACCUACAUGUGUAAUACAACACACAUGCCACAUGGUUUCACAUAGAUAUGUACACAUAUGCCUGCAUACACACUACCCACACACAUACUCACUACAGAAUACAGAUACACAAAGGGAUCCUUAGAAGCACAUUCACACUCACAGACGCCCACACCAUUGGCGCCAGCUCCAAAUGUGCUUCUGUUCCUCUGUGGGCCCGUGGGUGCACAGCUACCUCCAGAGGCCUGACCCCCCUCCUGUUACCGGCACACCCAUGACUGUCUUGUUUUGCUCAUUGCACUUGGCACCACUGCAAUGACUGCACCAAUCUGAGUCCUUGUUGGUACUCUGCCCCCUCCUGCAGGAGGACCUUGUCUGUGUGCCCCACUGCCCCCAGCCCCAGUCCCAGGCUGGCAUGACGUAGGCAUGCAGAGUUUGUGAAUUAAUGCCUGUGGGUGUGUGUACAUGAGGGCGGGUUACUGGGGAGGGUGACGUGGUGGGGCAGGCGCCUGCCAGUAUGGGGUUGACCCCGAUGGUGUGCCCAGCGUGGGUGUGUCUGUGAUUGUGGCCAGGCAGGGCACCCUCCAAGGGAGAGGAGGACUUGCAAGUGGAAUGCGACCCCCCAGCCUCUUUCCCCUAGGGGCUGUAAUCUGAUCCCUGGGGACUCCCCCCAGCCUCCCUCCCUAGCUCUCGCUGCAGCUCCUUCUCUUCCAGAUCCGGGGCAGAGUCCAGGGUGGCUCAAGGCUCCUCCACACACGCCCGCUGAACCCUGAGCUCCCUGAGCUGCAGGGAUGGGGCGGGCUGAGGCCGCCGCCAUGAUCCCAGGCCUGGCUCUGCUCUGGGUGGCAGUGCUGGGGGGUGCUGCCCCCAGCACGCCACGCCUUCGCCUCUCCUUCCAAGAGCUCCAGGCCCAGCACGGUCUCCGGACCUUCAGGCUGGAGAGGACCUGCUGCUACGAAGCUCUGCUGCUGGAUGAGGAGCGUGGGCGCCUGUUUGUGGGCGCUGAGAACCAUGUGGCCUCCCUCAGCCUGGACAACAUUAGCAAGCGGGCCAAGAAGCUGGCCUGGCCGGCCCCUGUGGAAUGGCGAGAGGAGUGCAACUGGGCAGGGAAGGACAUUGGCACUGAGUGCAUGAACUUCGUGAAGUUGCUGCAUGCCUACAACCGCACCCACUUGCUGGCCUGUGGCACAGGGGCCUUCCACCCAACCUGUGCAUUUGUGGAGGUGGGCCAGCGGCUGGAGGAGCCCAUGCUCCGGCUGGACCUUCGAAGGCUAGAGGAUGGCAAGGGCAAGAGUCCUUAUGACCCCAGGCAUCGGGCUGCCUCCGUGCUGGUGGGGGAAGAGCUGUACUCGGGAGUAGCCGCAGACCUCAUGGGCCGGGACUUUACCAUCUUCCGCAGCUUGGGUCAUCGUCCAAGUCUCCGAACGGAACCACACGAUUCCCGCUGGCUCAACGAGCCCAAGUUUGUCAAGGUCUUUUGGAUCCCGGAGAGUGAGAACCCGGACGACGACAAGAUCUACUUCUUCUUCCGUGAGUCGGCAGUGGAGGCCACGCCGGCCCUGGGACGCCUGUCUGUGUCCCGCGUUGGCCAGAUCUGCAGGAACGACGUGGGUGGCCAGCGCAGCCUGGUCAACAAGUGGACUACGUUCCUGAAGGCGCGGCUGGUGUGCUCAGUGCCCGGUGCUGAGGGCGAUACGAACUUUGACCAGCUCCAGGACGUGUUCCUGCUGUCCUCGCGGGAUCGCUGGACCCCGCUGCUCUAUGCUGUCUUCUCCACGACCAGCAUCUUCCAGGGCUCCGCAGUGUGCGUGUACAGCAUGAAUGAUGUGCGCCGGGCUUUCCUGGGACCCUUUGCACACAAGGAGGGGCCCGUGCACCAGUGGGUGUCCUACCAGGGCCGUGUCCCCUACCCCCGACCUGGCAUGUGCCCCAGCAAGACCUUUGGCACCUUCAGUUCCACCAAGGACUUUCCUGAUGAUGUCAUCCAGUUUGCCCGGAACCACCCCCUCAUGUACAAUUCGGUCCUGCCCAUGGGGGGGCGCCCCCUCUUCCAACAAGUGGGUGCCGGGUACACCUUCACCCAGAUCACUGCGGACCGUGUAGCAGCUGUUGACGGAUACUACGACGUCCUCUUCAUUGGCACAGAUGCUGGCACGGUGCUGAAGGUGAUCUCCGUCCCCAAGGGUGGCCGGCCUAAUGCUGAGGGGCUGCUCCUGGAGGAGCUGCACAUGUUUGAGGACUCAGCUGCUGUCACCAGCAUGCAAAUCUCCUCCAAGAGGCACCAACUGUACGUAGCCUCUCGGAGCGGGGUGGCCCAGAUCCCGUUGCACCGCUGCGCUGCCCACGGCCGCGCCUGUGCCGAAUGCUGUUUGGCACGUGACCCUUACUGCGCCUGGGAUGGGGCCGCGUGCACGCGCUUCCAGCCCAGUGCCAAGAGGAGGUUCCGACGGCAGGAUGUAAAGAACGGUGACCCCAGCACACUGUGCACCGGGGACUCAUCCCAUCCUGCGCUGCUGGAGCGGAAGGUGUUCGGUGUGGAGGGAGGUAGCGCCUUCCUGGAGUGUGAGCCCCGCUCGCUGCAGGCGCGCGUGGAGUGGACCUUCCAGCGCGCGGGGGAGGCGGCCUACACUCAGGUGCCCGCAGAGGAGCGAGCUGAACGCACGAUGCGGGGCCUGCUGCUUCGCUGGUUGCGGCGUGGGGACUCAGGCGUGUACCUGUGCGCAGCCGUGGAGCAGGGCUUUUCGCAGCCAAUGCGUCGCCUGGCGCUGCACGUGCUGAGUGCUGCGCAGGCUGAAAGGCUGGCCCGGACCGAGGAUGCUGCGCCCGUUGCGCCUCCGGGCCCCAAGCUCUGGUACCGGGACUUCCUGCAGCUGGUGGAGCCGGGCGGCGGUGGUACGAACUCCCUGCGAAUGUGUCGUCCGCAGCCCGCGCCGCGCCCACCGCCUCCCGAGUCGCGGAGGAAGGGCCGCAACCGGAGGACACACGCCCCAGAACUGCGUGCUGAGCGGGGGCCGCGCAGCGCAGCGCACUGGUGACUCGGCCGUCCCCACCCUGGGGACUGGGGAGGUGGCAGCAGCAGAGAGAGGGGGCGGUCAGACCCUGGGAAGCAGCUAGGGCCCCGGCACACAGCGGUUCCUGGUGGAGGGAAGACACCGACCCGACAGGCCCUGGCCAACAGGCAGCCAUACCGGCUUAUUUAUUAACAGAGAAUAAUCCUUGAAUGCAACCCCGAUAGGGGCGGCCCAGGCUGCGCACAGGGUCCAGCUGGUCAGGAGGAGGCAGAGAAGCAGGGUCCCCGAGCAACGACCUGGGUGGGGGAGGUGCCCAGAAUGCCCACCCUGGGGGAAGGGCCGCCUCUUUGGGCAGUGAGCAGAAAGCUGU